AUGAGUCUUUUCAUGCAAAUUUUGGCACCUUCAAUUUUAUCCCGAGAAGAACAAUUGUUAUCUACAAUUGUUCAUUUAGACAAUGGUACAACUGGAUAUUUAAUAACUUUAAAUAAAACAUCAGGAACAUGGUCAUGUCAUGCUUGUUAUCCAUUCAAAGUUCCGUCUUUGUCAUUGCUCGAAGAGCAUUUAACCAGCAAAAUGCAUUUAUUAGAAAUGGGAAAAUCUUGUUUUCCAGCAAAAAACUUUAUCAAAGCAUCUGGAAUAAGUGUUGGUUUACCUUCAAUGAUAUCCGGUGAACCAAUACCUCCGGGAAUGGAAGAUGAAGUAGAAAAUGUGUUAGCGCGUAUUCAAGCUACAUUGGAUUCAAUUUUUAUUCCAUUAAUAGGCAUUGAAUUUAUUCUUGAAUUAUUACCAUCUGAUUCUUCUGAAGAACCUAGGUAUAUGUGUGCACUAUGUGAUAAACGAGGUGAUCCAAGAACUUUCCCUAAUCAUUUACGUAGCUUUAAUCAUCACAUGGCCUAUUUGCGAAGAUAUUUUAGAUCGUUAGCCAGUGCACUGGAACAAUUAAAUAAAGUAUCCUCAAAAGGAUUUCAAGAAUUAGUAUUUCAUGUUAUUGGAAAAAUAGAAGAAACAUAUGGUCGAAUGAAACCAAUAGUGGUUGAUGCAAGUGUAUUUGAUUUGCCUACUGAAAAAAUAAAAAUUUUAAGACAAGUAAAUAAUGGAAAACACAUUAUGGAAAGUCCAGAAGAUAGAUGGAUGUUAGAUAUGGUAAAACCAGAAUAUGUGGAGAAUCCUACACUUUUACAAGAAAAAUUUCCUUUGAAAAAAGUAACUGAGAAAAACAUUCGUGAACAAGAAGAAAAACUAAAGGCUAUUAAAGCUGAAACAUCAUUUAAUAAAAAUCCAAGAAUCGCUGUUAAUAAAUCUCAAUUGCGUUCAAAGAAUGAUAAAGAAGAUAGUGAUUCUGAUAUAGAAUUUGUUGAUAUUAAACCCAGUACUGAAUCUAGACCAAGGUCUCGUGUACCAAGUAGAGAUUCUAAAGAUAGAAGACAUAGGUCACCACCUAGAAGACAUCGCCGUUCUAGGAGUCCUCAUCGUCGUAAAUCACCCUCUCGUUCAAAAACCCCUAUAAUUGUAAGACAAAGGUCUCGUUCACAUUCUCCUGGACGUUCUCGUUCAAGAUCUCAUUCACCUUACUACAAUCGUAAUAAAUAUUCUAACCAUAGAAGACGAUACAGAAGCAAGGAUAGAGAUGAAACAUACAGAAGACAAAUUUCUCCACCGCCAACUGUUCAUCCUAUGCACUCCAUAUCAGGUUAUGUCACAGCACAUCAUUCACACCCUCCUAGAAUGUAUUAUCCUUCACCUUAUAUGUCCUUUCCAAGGCCAUAUAUGAGAUUCACUCCUGGUAGACCUAGAUUUUAUUCUUCAGAAAUGUAUUCAACUGAAUAUCAACCACAAAAAGAAAGGAGUAUGAGUAAAAGAAAAAGAUUGCUACAAGAAUACGAAAAAGCUGUGGAAGAUAUGAAAAUUGAAAUGGAAAAAAAAUUAAGCUAUCAUGAAAAGAAUCCUGAAAAUCAUCCAUUAUAUUCUGAUGAAUGGAAAAAAUUUUGGAAUCGGCGUUUUAAAGAAUUACAAAUGGAAGGUAAAGAUACAAAUUCAUAUGAUUUUAAACCAGAAUGGAUUCUUUCAUGGAGUAAACGAAUGCAAGAAAUUCACGAAGAAGAAAUUAAUGAAAAAAUAGAAAAAUUAAAAAAUAAAAUACUUGGUGAUUUUGAUAUGGACAAGAGCUCUUCAGAAUCACCAUCCAGAGAUUCUUCUCCUUUAAAAGAUAAAAAAAACAUAACAGACAUGAAAAAUUCAUGGCAUAGUAAUCAAACACCGGAAUUGAUGGAAAAAAAUUCUGAUAUAAUUAGUAAACCUAUUUACGAUAAGAAACCUAAAGUUGCUGGUGCAUCUCCAAUUAAUUCUGACUCUGAAGACUCAAUUAAUGAAAUUAAUGAUCAUAAUAAACCCAGAGAAAAAAUAAAAAUUGAAAAUCCAUUAAAUGUCAUAACUGUGCUAAGGCAGUUAAGUGUAUUGGAAAAUCAAUUAGGCUUAUUGGCACCUAAAAUAGUUGAAUUAUUAUCAAAAGGUCUUGUUAUGGAAAAAAUUGAACCUAAAUCGUCUAUUAAAUUGCUUACUCCUGAAAAUUGUGUGAUGUUUGAAACAGUAAAAGAAAAACUUAAAGGACAAUUGUUAGCAGGUGUUGUUAAAAGAAGUUUAGUAAAUGCUACUAUGUUUUCUAUUCGUAACAUAGAAAAACUAAUGAAAUUGGCACCUAAGUUUGUACUCUCAACAAGCAUGUUGAAUUCCACAUCUAUAUCCACCUCUAUACCUACACCGACAACCACACCAGCACCUGCAGCUACACCAACACCUGCAGCUAUACCAAUACCUGCAGCUACACCAAUCAUAGUGCCAGGAGUUGGUGUUCUUGAUAAAAUGGCAAUUGCUCAGCAUAUAACUCAGGCAUUACUAGCACAAGGAAAAGUUGAUGUAACACAAGAAGAAUUGGAGACUCUAAUAAAUGCCGUUGUGGGUAUGGCGCAGUCUGGAGAUAAUAUUCAAGGUGCCAAAAACUUGUUGUCAAAUAUAAAUAAUAGAGAAGUGUUAAAAACGGCAUGUAAUGAAAUAAAUAAGAAGGAAGAAGUCGAAAAAAAAAACUUGGAUCAAUUAUCUCAGGGUGAUAUAAUAAAUUUGCUGAAAAAUUUUAGAGAUUUAACUACUGAUGAACAAGAUGGACUUAUAACUUAUCUAAAAGAUCUUUGGGAAAAGAAUCCAGAUGAUGUGAGAAAAUUCAGAAAGUACAUUGAUAUGGGACCCUCUAACUUAAAAGAAGUUACGUCAUUGUUUAGAGAAGAUGAAGAUGAUGAUAACUAUGAGUUAUCGGAUGUGUGUAAAGCUGUUAAAGAAAAAGUAAGUGAACAAAAAGAUGAAGAACUAAAUAAAAGUUUUAAUUUUGAGAUAACUGAAGAGCAAAAGAAACUUUUAAAUAGUCUACACAAUUUUUUACCGGAAAUAAAAUCUGAUUAUAGUUUGCAACCUACAAACACUCAGAUAGAACCACUUUCUGACCAAUCAUUUUAUAAAAACCCUAAAGAACUCUUUACUGCUUCAUAUUCUCUAGAUCCCUAUUCAGCUCAAAAAACUGACCCUGACAUUUACUCUUCAAAGCCUUCGACAUCUGCAACAUUUUCACCUUCUCAAGAGCAAUCUGAUAAAUAUGAUAUAUCUCCAGAGCAGUCCAAUAAAUAUAUAACUAAAGAACAUUCUAAUAAAUAUAAUACAGUACAAGAUCAGGUUGAUAAAUACAAUAUGCCUCAAGAGCAGCCUAACAAAUACAAUACACCACAAGAGCAGACCAGUAUAUAUAAUUCUUCUGAAGAACAACCUAAUGAUUUUAACAAUUCUCAAGAAAAACCUGAUCCAUAUUCAGUUAAUCAAGAUAAUGCUUAUAAUGAUCCUUACUCUCAAAACCACGGUAACAAUUAUUAUCAAAGACAGCAAUCGGAUUCAUAUUAUAAAUAUCAGAAAAAUGCUACAGUUUCUUCGUACCCAUCAUCUAGGGGCUAUUAUAAAGGCAAUAAUACCUAUAGAGGUAACAACACUUAUCCUGACACGUUUCAGGGAACGCCUAAAGAAAAUAAUAAAAAUAAUAGAUUUGGUAAUUCUCAAAAUAAUCGUUUUCAGAACAGACAUUAAUUAAAUAUACUUUGAUAUUCAAUAAAUAUAUAUAUUUUAUAAGUGAGUUUAUAUUUUUUAAUUUUAUUCAGAUUACAUGUAAUGCAUGACUACAACUAACCUAAAACAACAAGUCUUUAAGUAUUUUAUUAUGUACAGAUUAUGAUUUUUAAAAUAUCAGA